AUGAGGCCAGUGCUACUGGCGUGCGCCCUCGCAGCCUUCUUAUCUUCCUCGAUAGCGGCGCCACCGGGUUCACAGCGAGGGGCGGGAGUACUAGCAAAUGAUGCUGUGCAAGGCGAAACUCCGGCUGACGGAGGGGAGGGCUCGGACUAUACAAUCUUCAAUGGCAUCAAGGUGCCACCGAUGAAAGAGAUACAAGGCGCCGAGUUCGCCGAGACGAUUAAAGAUGGAUAUUGGUGGGUUAAACACUACUCGCCAUAUUGCGGACACUGCAAAGCAAUUGCGCCACUUUGGCAGACUCUGUACGAAUUCUAUGCAACAUCAGAUCCCUUACAGGGAAUGACAAAAUCUGGCCAACCCGACCUAUUCUCGCCGAACAGCUUUCACGGAUACUACAACUUCCAUUUCGCCUCGAUAAAUUGCAUCGCCUUUGGUGACGUUUGCGAUAAGAACGGGGUAAGAGCUUGGCCGACAUUCCUGUUAUACAAAGAUGGCGAAUUCGUCGAGAAGUACGCCGGAGGCAAAUCAAUGGAAGAUUUCAGCAACUAUGUCGAAGAAAAGCUGGAACAGAUAAAACCCGGCUCGAGACCAAGGGAAGGAGUCCACGUGCCCAAACCUGGCGCAAAAGGUGUCGACAGAACAGCCGAACCCGAGAACCCGCUGUCCAAGGACAAAGAUGUAGCCGCUGGCGUCGCUGCCGGGGAGAAGCAGAACAAGGCUGCAGCACUGUCAACUGAGACUACAUCAGGAAUAUUGGCCUCCGAGACCGCCAAAUCCGGAAAAUCUCUCAACGCAAAGACCGGUCCUCCACCGAAUCCAAAGGGAGUCUCCACCCCUCUAACUCCAGAGUCCUUCCAGAAGCUUGUUACCACCUCUCAAGAUCCUUGGUUCGUCAAGUUCUACGUUCCCUGGUGUCCCCAUUGUCAGCACCUGGCCCCAACGUGGGCUCAGUUGGCGAAAGAAAUGGAAGGCAAGCUCAACAUCGGAGAGGUCAAUUGUGAAGCGUCUCCGCGGUUAUGCAAGGACGCCAAGGUCAGCGCUUAUCCCACGAUUUACUUUUUCCGUGGCGGUGAGCGGGUCGAAUAUGAAGGUCUCCGCGGUCUAGGUGAUCUGCUUUCAUUCGUAAACAAGGCGCUUGACAGCGAUGUCAAGUAUGUGGACGCGGCUGCGUUCAAGGAGAUGGAAGAGACCGAAGAGGUUAUCUUCGUCUAUUUCUUUGACCAUGCCACAACGUCUGAAGAUUUUGCCGCUCUCGAUCGACUGACUUUGAGUCUCAUUGGGCAUGCAAAGAUUGUCAAGACGGAUUCCGAGAUACUGGCAAACAGGUUUAAGAUAUCAACCUGGCCAAGAUUGCUCGUGUCUCGCGAUGGACGACCAAGCUAUUAUAACGCUCUUGCUCCGAAGGAUAUGCGUGACUUCCGACGUGUCCUAACCUGGAUGCAAUCUGUUUGGUUGCCGAUUGUACCUGAACUCAGCGCUUCUAACGCAAAGGAGAUCAUGGCCGGAAAAUAUGUUGUGCUUGGCAUUCUUUCACGAGACCGACCGGACGAGUUCCUCCAGUCCAAGAGAGAAUUAAAGAACGCUGCACUGGAAUGGAUGGAUAAGCAAACCCAAGCUUUCCAUCUUGAGAGACAAGAACUGCGCGACUCGAAACAGUUGCGUAUCGAAGAGGCCGAAGAUCGAAAUGACCAACGGGCCUUGCGUCAAGCCAAGAGCCGAGUUAUCAGCAUCACCGAGGAGACCUUCCGGAAACAGGUCGCGUUCGCCUGGGUGGACGGUGUUUUCUGGGAGAGAUGGCUUAGGUCCACAUACGGCGUGGACGUCUCGAAGGGGGAGAGAGUGAUUAUUAAUGAUGAAGAUAACCGACGAUACUGGGAUGUGACUGACUCUGGGGCUUAUAUCAUGCCCUCUCGCACUUCCAUUCUCGAAACGUUGCCCCGGAUUGUCGCCAACCCGCCAAAACUCACUCCAAAAUCCACGAUUGGCGCUUUUGAGAAUGUUUUCUUCCAGAUCCGAAAUUUUGGCACUUAUCAUCCAUAUCUAUCAUUUGGAUUGUUGAUAAUCAGUGUGGUGUUGCUAUUCUGGGUGCUGAGAAAUGGCAGCACCAUCAAGAGGACAUUGAGUCGGAAUAGCUCUGGUUACUUCCACUUGGACGGCAAGGAGGGACUUUUAGGAACAACGAACGGCAAGGCUGACUAA